UUUUUUUUUUUUUUUUUUUUUUAAAAAAAACAUAUACUUCUAUUAUAUAUGAAGUCCAGUCUACUUGUUUUAUUGGGUCUAAUAUGUAGCCUUGCAUUUGCCCAACUUGAUCAAGCACGAGUGAAAAUUGAUUCAAACUUCAGAUCUACCAAACAUAUCUUAUUUGCUGUUACGAUUCCAGGUUCUUCUCAUGUCACUUGGGUAAUGCGUUUCCUUGACGAAUUAACAAAACGUGGUCACAAAGUUACCUUUGCCACAGUGGAUGAAAAUGUAAAGUAUAGUGCUCCUUAUCCUCUUAUCACAACUGCCUCUUUUGGUCCAGCCAAUUUCAAUCAUACUGCCUUGUUUACAGAAACAAAUAGCCAUCCAUCUCCGUUUACUCUUUUCCCUACCAUCCAUGAAUUUCUCUUACCUACAUGGCCAAGAAGCUACAAUUUGAUAAUAGAACAAAUUGAGAAGUACAACGUGGAUGUACUUAUCUGUGAUUUCUUCACAGAUGCAUGUAUUGAAGCUUCUCAUACCAAGAAACUACCAUUAAUUGUCACCGCAACAGGAACUUUGACUCCAGAUUCCGCUACAGAAUACUUCAAUCAAGAUAUCUAUACAUCAGAAGAACCUACUACUGUAAAUCAAUCCGUUUUUCGUCGGUUCUACAAUAAAUUUAUUGCUCCUCUCAAGGUGAUUUGGACAGUCAAACGUCAAAUGUAUACAUUGUUACAAUACAAACGAAAGGCCGGAAUAUUGGAUGCGAAAUGGAUUGACAAUCCUUACGACAAAACAGCACAUGCUUUGAAGAUCAUUGGAAAUAUGUUUGGAUUAGAAGUGGCAAGACCUUUAGGUCCCUUGGUUGAACUGGUAGGUCCUGUGCUUGACAGAAGUUACCCUGGAUUGGAUUCUGAUUUGGUAUCCUACUUGUCUCUUCGGCAAAAAGUGGUUUAUGUGGCCUUUGGACAACAUAGUCGUGCUAUAAUAUCUGAUGUAGAACGUGUAUUGACUCCUUUGAUUCAUCAGUUAGAAAAGGGUCAUAUCGAUGGCAUUAUUUGGUCUAGUGGUUGUUUAGAAGCAAAUCGAUUCCCUGCUACUAUUACUUCAUCCUAUUCUGGCAAGACUUAUAACACUACUUCCCUUCUCAAUACCAAUAAGAAACGUUAUUUCCGUAGAUCAGGUGACCUCUUGGAUGAAAUUUAUACGACGAAAUGGUCCCCUCAAAUGGCAAUCCUACUGCAUCCCUCUGUUCAAGUAUUUGUAUCUCACGGUGGCGCCAAUUCGAUCUUUGAAUGUCUUUAUGCUGGAAAGAGACUGCUGUUCUAUCCUUUCUUUGCUGAUCAACCAGGUGCAUCAAAACAACUCUCGCAGAUGGGCGUUUCAGAAUAUUUUGACAACCAUUCAGAUCUUACAGAUAUUGACGAUAAGGUGGAAAAGGUGAUUCUCGAUCGUGAUGGAUUUUAUCAAAGCAAUAUCAAAAGAUAUCAAGCCAUUAUUCAAAUACAAAGCAAAGGGGCUCCUUCUCGUGCAGCUGAUCUAGUGGAAGAAGUUGCAUUUUCACAUGAUGGUCAAAUUUUACCUCAUCGAGAAGAUGUUGGAAACUCGAUGUCAUUUAUCAAGCGGUACAACCUGGAUGUCUAUCUUAUUGCGAUUCUUUUGAUAGGAUCGUUCGUUACUUUUGUAUCCUUUAGGUUGGCAAGAUUGAUUAAAUUCUUCUAUCAUGGUUACCAAAUCAAACAAAAAAGCAAGUUUCUCUAAAGUCAAUGGAUGGAUAUCAUACUUGUUUUAUUUAGUUUUAUUUAGUUUGAUUAUUUUUUAUUCAUCAAAUAAAUUUUUUUUAUAUCAAAAUAAAAUGUAGACAUUCAUAUUUAUACAAUAGGUCUCUGCCCUCAAAUGGAAAAGGCGAUGGUCAUUUGAAAAUAUGAUUUCACAGGAUUGCGUUUUCAAACUCACACUUUGUACAGUCAAUGCGGAAAUCGAAUGCCUAUCAAGACAUAGUCUAGGUUAUUUACGCCAUGAACAUAUUUGCUGCAGUUUUAUCAUUAAUUAAAAAAAAAAAAGUGUGAAGGAGACAUCAUCA